UUUAUACUGAUUUUGACAUCUAGAUAUUCGCAACUUGGUGUCAGCUGUUUGUUUCUGCAUCCUGAGAAAGUUACAUAACCUUCAUUGUGAACUGACCAUAGACGUUCUGAGUAAAUCGAAAGUUAGGGGAUCAGACCUGAGGCAGCCAUGGAGAUGCAGGAGAUCCCCAGAGAGAGCCCAAAAAGCAGCAGAGAGGAGGGAGCAGGUGAGCCGAUGCUGAAGGUGAUAACUCAAGAGGAAGCAGAACCAGACCAUUACGAAGAACUGCAAAGUCCAUCGGAGAAUGUCUAUGUAGAAGCCUUACAUCCGACAGUCAAAUCAAGAACAGGCAAACAGGAUGAAGGAAAAACAGGACUCUAUCGGAUGCUGUGUUUAAUCCUCACAAUAAUCUGCCUCAUUCUUCUCAUUCUGGUUUUUGUCCUCGGUGUGAAACUCCAAACUGGAUCCACAGUCUGCUCAGGGAACAGCAGAUUCGGGGACCAACAAAAUCCAACAUGCAGCUUUGAGGACUGUCAGAACCGCUUCCCAAAGAGUCAGUUCAACAAGCUUCCCUGCCGGCAGUGCGCUAGCGGCUGGCUCACCUUUGGCAAAUCCUGUUUUUUCCUGUCCACCACCAGACUGACCUGGUCCGAGAGUCAGAAGAACUGCAGCUCCAGUGGAGGAUCUCUGGCUAUUGUUUCCAGCCAGAAUGUUCAGAACUUUCUGACAAAGAAAGGGGAACUGAAAUAUUGGAUUGGGCUGAAACAUGAAGACUCCACAUGGAACUGGGUCAACAGCAGUAAGCUGCAGCAGAGCUAUUGGACUGAAGCUGUACACAACGGAGACUGUGCCUAUCUGAACAGUGACGGCCCAGUUGAGAAGAACUGGGACAGAGCUUCCUGUCAAUCCACCACCUACUUCAUCUGUCAGCUUCAGUUCUGAUGGAAACUGUCUCAUCAACAAUCGUCUCCAUAGCAACACAACCAGCAGCUCGUUCUCACGCCACACUCCAAUCAUAUCCACGCUUCUUAGAUAAAAAAUAUGUUAAAUUUGUGGACUGAAUUCAAUGUUACUACUGCAUUGUGUAAUAUAUGAGUAGUUCUUCAGUGGUUUAGCUUUUAAAAAUUGUAUUUGCUGGGUUUACCUCUAGAAAAAAAAUUAAAAAAAUACAGACUGCU